AAACCCUGACCCUAAACCCCGACCCCAAACCCCGACUCUGACCCCAAACCCAAAUACUUAUCUUUCUUUCCAAAGACCGAUUCAAUUGGAACUUGAACAUUGAACAGAUCCCUCAAAUAUGGCGACACUGGGUUCCAGCAGUCAGGCCGUCACAGAGUACACAGUCCGCGUUCCCAAAAACAACGUCAAGAAAUACAACAUCAUGGCGUUCAACGCAGCAGAUAAAGUGAACUUCAACACGUGGACGCAGGCCAAGAUGGAGAGAGAUUUGAGCAACAAGAAGAUUUACCAGGAGGAGGAGCUGCCGGAGUUUGGGGCUGGCAGUGAAUUCGGGAAGAAGUCACGUGAGGAAUCGAGGAAGAAAAAGUUUGGUAUCGUCACACGGGAGUUCAAACCGGAGGAUCAGCCC